AUGACUUCUGAUAUUGAAAUUCUUCACAAAACUUUAGUAACUCUUGCUAUCCGCGAUGAAGAUUCAGAAAGGGAUUUUUUCUCAAACGAUGUUGAUAUUGAAUCUUUUUCUCAAAUGUUUGGCUAUGCUUUUUCUGAAGGGAAUAUCGAUGAAGCAAUUGAACAACGUCAAAAUGAAAAGGCAACAGCUAAUAGCGAAAUUACCUCCAAUGAAAAUAACAAGAAAUUAUCAGGACAUACACUAAUCCCAUUGCUUAAAUAUUCUACUAAACAAUUUUCUGUUAUUGAAGUCUCUUUCGAAAAAUACAUCCAUUAUCUUUUUAUUUGGAAUAAAAAAAUUGCAAAUAAAAAAGAAUAUAAAGAUCUAUACCACAAAGCUUCCAGUUUAAACAAAGCUUCCAGUUUCAAAAAAGGUAAAUUCACAAUCGUUGGAGAUUCGAUGCAUGAAAAUGGCAAAGAUAAAUUGGAACG